AUGUUUGGUUCUGUUGUAUCUUCUGUUAUUACCCCUCUCUCUCCUGCGUACAGGAGAGGGCCUUCUGGACCAAGGUUUGGACCCAGGAAUGACAAAAUCAGGCAUGUCCAGAACCAGGUGGAUGAAGUCAUUGAUGUUAUGCAGGAGAACAUCACGAAGGUGAUUGAGAGAGGCGAGCGGCUGGAUGACCUGCAAGACAAAUCAGAAAGUUUAUCAGACAAUGCAACUGCUUUUAGUAAUAGAGCCAAGCAGCUUCGAAGACAGAUGUGGUGGCGAGGUUGCAAGAUGAAGGCGGUCAUAGCCCUGGUGACAGUCAUUCUCCUGCUUGUGAUCAUCAUACCCAUAGUCCUGAAGUACCGUUCCUGACUGGGCAGCUGGAGGCUUCAGUGGAGCUGGCUCUGGGAUAACCAAACUGCUGUGUAAUUUAAGUGAAAUAUCUGUAUAUAGAUUCCAAGUUGUUUUCCUCAAAGGAGAAGGCAGUGGCAAGUAGCCAUUCCUAACAGAGCAUUCUGAGAACUGCCAAAUGACCCUUUUUUUUGGUCGAGAACCUGCUGUUGUUAGGCCUCU